AUGGACAUCGUGGUUGGACUUCCCAAGACUUUGGGGAAGUAUGAUUCCAUUUGGGUGGUGGUUGAAAGGUUGAUAAAGUUAGCAUACUUUAUUCCGAUUAGAAUGGACUACAAUGCACAACAAUUGGCAAAUAUUUAUGUGAAAGAGAUAGGUAUUAGAAUAAGUUUCUUUGCCUUGUGUGAGUUCCCCUACAAUAAUAGUUACCAUUCCAGCAUUGAGAUGCCACUAUUCGAAGCUCUUUACAGGAGGGGAUAUAGGGAUCCCAUAGGAUUAUUUGAGGCUGGAGUAGUAAAGGAUGUGCAGGUUAAGGUAAGGAGCAUCCAAACUAAGCUUCUAGCAGCUCAGAGUCUCCAAAAAGAGUAUGCUAACCAUAAGGGUAUUAGAAUAAGUUUCUUUGCCUUGUGUGAGUUCCCCUACAAUAAUAGUUACCAUUCCAGCAUUGAGAUGCCACUAUUCGAAGCUCUUUACAGGAGGGGAUAUAGGGAUCCCAUAGGAUUAUUUGAGGCUGGAGUAGUAAAGGAUGCGCAGGUUAAGGUAAGGAGCAUCCAAACUAAGCUUCUAGCAGCUCAGAGUCUCCAAAAAGAGUAUGCUAACCAUAAGGUGAGGGAUAUGAUAUUCUGGGAUGGUGAGCAAUUACUUCUAAAUAUGUCACCCAUUAAGGGGGUAAUGACGUUUGGUAAAAAGAGAAAGCUUUAUUCUUGCUAUAUUGGCCCUUUUGAGAUUCUUGACCUUCUAGGGCUAGUGGCUUAA